GAAUACUUGGAAGUCCCACGCAUGCGAUGCAAAGACGUGCACGAGGAUGUUCCCUUUCGGUUCCACAUCCAAGUAGAGAGUGAGACUGCACCCCUGCAUUUGUAGACUAAAACAAUUGUCUCACUUUGUUGUCUCCGCGUCUGACGAGGUGCAAACCCCGAAGGAACUGGCACCCCUCCCCCCCCUCCUCCUCCCCCCACUCCUCCACCCCCCUCUCCACCUCCUCUUCCACUUCGUCGUGGUGCCGCAGCAGCCAGCGCGGUGAGUGCGUCCUGCAGCAGCCGCAGCAGCAGCAGCAACAGCGGUACCGGCACCUGUUUUUUUUUUUCAGCACGGGCUGGUAACUGUCUCAGGAGUAAAACAAGGUAGAAAGAAGCGGGCGAUCCGUAAAUACCGAUGGCUUCAUGUGUAGACAAUUGCGCCUCCGACAAUUACACAUCGAGCCCUUCAUGCUGAAGUGUGGAGACGCUGAGGGGAGCAAUUUCCGUGCGUCCCUCUAAACACACGCACACAAACACACACACACACAUACACACAGGAAGAUACUGAGGCGCCUUUUGGAUACAAGCCCCUCCCAGGAGACAAUGAGAGGCUACCUGCUGACUGCAAUCUUUCUGCUGCCCCUGGUGGCCUCGGAGUCUGAACACUGUAUAAUAAAGCGUGAACACGAGAAAUGCAUGGAGAGGAUCGCGAUGCACAACCCAGAUGGCGCCGAAAUCGCGUGUGACUGGAUGUGGGACAACCUGACCUGCUGGCAGGCGGCCAGCGUGGGAGAGGUGGUGAUGGUGAACUGUCCGGAGCUCUUCAGUGACGUCAUGGACCCUGAGGAAGAAAUGGGGAAGAUCAGUCGUAACUGCACCGAGGACGGCUGGUCCGAGCCUUUCCCUCACUACGUGGACGUCUGCUUCUUAUACGACAACAUGACCAAACCUGACCCGUACUUCGCCUCGGUCAAAGCCCUGUACACGGUCGGCUACAGCACGUCUCUGGUGUCUCUGACCACAGCCAUGGUCAUCCUCUGCAGAUUCAGGAAGCUCCACUGCACCAGGAACUUCAUUCACAUGAAUCUGUUUGUGUCCUUCAUCCUGAGAGCCAUCUCAGUGUUCAUCAAGGACGGCGUGCUGUACGCUCAGGAAGACAGCGACCACUGCUUCGUGCACACGGUGGGGUGUAAAGCAGUGAUGGUUUUCUUCCAUUACUGUGUCAUGUCCAACUAUUUCUGGCUGUUCAUUGAAGGCCUGUAUCUCUUCACUCUGCUGGUGGAGACUUUCUUUCCCGAGAGGCGCUACUUCUACUGGUACACCAUCGUAGGUUGGGGCACUCCCACCAUUUGUGUGACAGUCUGGGCAGUCCUGAGGCUCCAUUUCCACGACACCGGAUGCUGGGAUACCAAUGACAACACUGCCCUCUGGUGGGUGAUCAAAGGACCAAUUGUGGCCUCCAUUAUGAUCAAUUUCGUCCUCUUCAUCGGGAUCAUCAUCAUCCUGGUCCAGAAGCUGCAGUCCCCCGACAUCGGAGGCAACGAAUCGAGCAUUUACCUCAGCUGUGCUCAGAAAUGCUUCAGUGAGCCCACACAGGCUGUUCAGCAUUCGUGCAGGAUGUCAGAGUUAUCCACCAUCACACUGCGUCUGGCGCGCUCCACGCUCCUGCUCAUCCCUCUGUUCGGUAUUCACUACACCGUGUUCGCCUUCUCGCCCGAAGACGUCAGCAAGAGGGAGCGGCUGGUCUUUGAGCUCGGGCUUGGGUCCUUCCAGGGCUUUGUGGUAGCUGUUCUCUACUGUUUCCUCAAUGGAGAGUUUCUCCCUGAAGGUGCAGUCGGAGAUCAAGAGGAAAUGGCGCAGCUGGACGGUGAACCGGUACUUUGCUGUGGAUCUGAAGCAGCAGAGGCACCCUUCGUUGGCCAGCAGUGGGGUGAACGGCGGGACUCAGCUGUCGAUCCUAAGCAAGAGCAGCUCCCAGAUACGCAUGUCCAGCCCGCUGGCGGAGAACGCCAACAUCAGCCUCCCGACCUGAGCGUCUGAUCGCUCAGGAGUCAGCUUCAAGGUGCCGUUCCUCUAAUGUACAUCAGACCAACCAGAGCAGACCAAAGUGGCCCCUCACACCUCUUCUAUUUUGAAGUUUGGCCUUUAGAAAAAAAACCUUUCUGAAAGCAUUUACUCGAGGUGCACAGCUUGCUUUCAUACUUUAUCCGUUGAUUUAAGUGGUGUAGCUUGUAAACACUUGAUUGAUUUGAACUCUAAAAGGUUUUAAGUUCAGCCUUUUUGAUUGUUUUAAUCCGUUAAUAAUAUUAAAAGUAGAACUGGUGCCAAAAGAAACUCUAAUAGUAAUAAAAAAAAAGAGUAAAGUAUUAAAUGUAGGGGCCAUACUUUUCUGAUGGUGUAAAGUAAAUUUGCUUCAAAGUGCCAUACAGGUUGCCUGACUGGAUUUUUCAUCACAGUCCAAAGUUAAAUAUCAACCAAACGUUCGCCUUGCUUGUACAAAUGCUCAUUGUUUAAAUGUUUCAUCUUGAAUUUAAACGCGUUUCUUUUCUACAAUCAGCCGUAAGUACAGAGUAUGUCAAAAUAUAUAUUUAAAAGAAAAAAAAAAACUAGAAAACUAAAAACUCAUGGAUUGUGUAAAUACUGUAGUUACUUUUGGUGUCUAGAUCAGAUUUUUUCUUUUUUUUUUUUUGAAGCAGUAUUGUAAAGACCUUUUCAAACAAAAGGAACUGGAGCCCGAAUCUGUAGACUUCAUUACAUAUUCUGUGGACAAAGAAAGAUCCUGCCCACUCUAUUCUGGACUUAUUUGUUUGUACAAAAUAAUAUAUAUAUAUAUAAAAUAAUAUAUAUAUAUACACACACAGUAUCUAUAAAUGAAAAUGGAAAUGAAUGAGCAGCGUAGAGCAGUUUUUCCAACCUCGAAUUAAAUUCUUCUUUUUUUUUUGUAAAAUGAAAUAUCACAUCUUUAGGGAUGACAAAUAUAAACUGAAACACUUGUACUUUUGCUGGAGGGGUUGAUUUUGUUUUACUUAACGGGAUCGGGAGCCAAAAAGUGUAGGAAGCAUGGAAAGCUGUAGAGGAUAUCGGAGCAUAUGAGCAAAAUACAUUUAAAAUCUGAAUGGGUUCAUCCUCCUUUAGCUGCUCCCUCGGCUGGUUUCAGGCUGGUCAGAUGUGUAUUUCUGUUGUUGUUGUUGUUGUUGUUGAUGUUGUUUUUGCAGACUACGAAUAUAAAAAGUACAUGUGCCAUUUGGUGGAUGCUUUCGCUCAGAGCUCUGCUGCACAGUGCCAUGAGUUCAUGUGUCUUUUAUUGCAGAAUGACACCGUUGUUGCGCUCUUCAAGAUAACAAGGCUCUUUGUCUUGUUCUGUUUCCUCUGGAGGUUGAGCCCGUAGUGCCAUAUUAAAUCAUCUCUUUUAAUUGAUCAUCUCCUUCACUCAUAUUCCAAAGUGCCUAGUCAGUCACAAAUAACUGUCACUUUUAUUUAUCGUGCGGUGAACGGAUUAUAUAAAAGUGUAGUGAGUCACUUCCUACAGAGAAUGUGCAGAGACGUGUGUUUUAUGGUUAAACUUCAAUGGUAAAAAUCUCAAUCUAAUGUGAUUUAAUAUUAUUAUUAUUAUUAUUAUUGUGAUGUAAUUAAUUGAAUUGAGUAUUCAUUUGUCAUAAUUACUGCUCUGUGUAGAUAUUUGAUUAUUGCAAUUCAGUACUGGCGUCAAACACAUCAACUCAAAAUGCUUUAAUGUGACAGCUCUUGACAAUCACAGAGUGUUGCUCACACAUUUUUUUUUUUUUUU